GAAAAGGAAAUAAAACGAAAAUGGCGGGUGCUGAAGAUGGACUUGUUAUUUUCAAUAGAAACCAGCAGAGUGAGGAGGACAAUGACAUGUGGGAUGAUUCAGCUCUCAUCUCGGCCUAUGACAAGGCAGUUUCUGCCAUGAAGGCAAAGUUGGCUGAAAGAAAUGGAGAUGAAAUUGAAAUCCCAGAAGCUCAGACUUUGACAGAGACAGAAAAGAUGAUGAAGAAGAAGAAGAAAAAGAAGAACAGACCAAAGAAAAAAAAGCAAAAGUGGAAUGUUGGUGAUUUCUGUCGUGCAGUAUUCAGUGAGGACGGGUUGAUCUACACCGGUCAGAUCACUGACAUUGACUACGACAAGGGCACUUGUGUAGUGAAGUACAAAAACUACGGAAAUGAAGAGGAGCACAAAUUAUCCGACAUUUUGCUACCAAGUGUGAAGAUCAAGAGAACUGGUAUUGGGCAUUCGUCAGCAAGUGAAUCCGAUGUUCUUGGCCAAUCAACUUCACAACCAGGCUCUGGUGCAGCCAAUCACAACCCAGCUUGGCAAGGAACAGGCUUCUUGCCUCCACAACAACCAUUUCAACAAAUGCCACAGCCUCCAUACAAUAUGCCACAAGCAACACCAUUUCCAGGUUUUGGAGCAUCUUUUCAGCAGCGGAUGCCAAUGAUGCCCCCGCCACCCCCACCACCUCAGAUGAUGGAGGAUGUGUGUGAUGAUGAAAGUGAGGCUCUCAGUGGCAUGUUGAUAGCCUGGUACAUGAGUGGCUAUCACACUGGGUAUUACCAGGGUUUGCGGCAAGGAAGGUCUCAAAGUGGAGCUGCAGUGCCAGGUGUACCAAGAUAGCAGUGUCCAGAGCAAUAACAACGUGCUUUAUAUGAAACCUGCCUUGAGAAAAUAUCAUUAUCACCUACAUCCAUUGUACAAAUGGUGAACAACACUUCCAACAUAACAUUGUACAAACUGACAAUUUAUCGUUUAUAUGGAUUUGUGCAAGGGCAUUUCUGAUUCCAUCAGACUUUAUUUAAGCAGGUUGGAGUCACACUUGGAAGAUGUGGAAUCACAGUGAGCUGUAACGUUACCAGAACAGCUGGUUUUGUGCGACAGUGCUCAGAACUUUACAUUAUGUUCAGGGAGAAUAAUAAAUGUUGAAAUAUUUUAAAAGCCUGUACAGUCCAAUCAAAUUAUUUGUAAUUAUAUUGAAUUUUUUUCGGAUUGUAAUAUACUCAAAAAUUAUAAUUAAAAAUAGAGCUUCUUCCAUUGUGAAGUGUUACAGUUGUGACAUAUUAUUAAAGUUAAUGAUUGAAAGAAUUUAAUGUGGACAAAAUGACAAGUACUGUUAUAAACCAAUGUGUUAUGAAUCUUAGAUGUACAAGCAUUUCAGUACUUUUAAUAUGUGAACGAUGUUUGUGUGUAUUAGGAGUCCGAUUUUACUGAAACAAUAUUUAGAUGUCAGAGAUCAUAACUUUUAAAAUAAUAUGACACUCACAAAGAUUUAUCAAAAGGUGUACUGGCACUUAAUAAUUUUGUUGAGUACAUCUGAUAGAGCCUGUGAAGAUAACAACCCAUUAGCCGAGCAUUUGCAUGAAUACAGAGAGUUCCACAUUAUCAAACUAGUCAUUUUUUGUAGUCAUUAUGUAGUAAUUCUGGUGAGGAAUUUCACAAUCAUGGGUUAAUUGUUUAUAAACUGGAUGAAAGUAUGUUAUUAAAUCAUUUUCAAACUGUGGGUUUUACUUUCAGAAAUAAUGUCAACAGCCUCAUAUUUACAUCAAUAUAAGUGACCAUACAUUUCUAUAGACAUUACCUGUCCUCAAACAAGUGCACCUCCCCCCCACGCAAGUGGUCUGGUC